AUGACGACCUUUGAUGACCUCCUGGAGGAGGCUGGCACUUUCGGACACUGUCAGAGGCGUGUCUUUGCCCUGCUCUGUCUGUUGUCAUUGCCUUUUGCAGGUGUGUACGUUGGUAUCGUCUUCCAGGGUUUCACCCCAGAUCACUGGUGUUGGGACUCUGCAGUAGUGGAGAGGAGGCAGGCGUGCGGCUGGAGCCUGGCAGACGGUCGCAGGCUGACGGUGCCGCUGGUCAACAACUCUGGAGUGCUGCAGCAGAGCAGCUGUGAGCAGUACGAGGUGGACUGGAACACCACAACGCUCACCUGUGACACACAAGAACUAAAUCUGACUGAGGCUCCAGUUACCACAUGCAAGAAUGGCUGGGAGUAUCAGUAUGAAGGCAGGAAGUCCUUUGUCACAGAGUUUAACCUGGUGUGUUCAGAUGGAUGGCUGGUGGACAUGUACCAGUCCAUGCUCAAUGUGGGCUUCCUCAUUGGCAGCUUUGCUUUUGGUUACUUUGCUGACAGGUUUGGCCGGAAGAUCAGUUUCCUAAUAUCCAACGUACUAAAUUUGAUCUCAGGGAUUGUGCUGGCUGUGGCUCCAAACUACAUCUCCAUCCUGGUGUUUAGGACCAUCUUUGGUUUCGCAGUCAAAGGAGGCUGGAUGGCCUCAUAUGUGCUGCUCACAGAGAUCGUUGGAGUUGAGUACAGAAGGAUGGUGGGCACGUUGUACCAGAUGUUCUUCAGUGUCGGCAUCCUCAUCCUCCCUCUGCUCGCCUACUUCAUCACUGACUGGCGGUGGCUGCAGGUCGUCAUCACUGCACCCUACAUGCUCUUCCUGACUUACUACUGGUUUAUCCCAGAAUCUCCAAGGUGGCUCAUCUCUCAGAACAAUUCUUCAAAAGCUUUGGAGAUCGUUGAAGCUAUGGCCAAGGAGAACAAGAAGAAACUCUCUAAGAAAGUUGAGACGUUGAGUGAUAAUGAGGGUGAUUCCACUUCUGCAUCUUUGCUGGACCUGAUCAGAACUCCAAAUAUGAGGAAACACACUUUCAUCCUCAUGUUCAACUGGUUCACCAGUGCUGUGGUUUAUCAAGGCCUCAUCAUGCGUGUAGGGAUAACAAGAGGAAAUAUCUACAUUGACUUCCUCAUCUCUGGUCUAGUGGAGUUCCCUGCUGCCUUCCUCAUCCUCUUCACCAUUGAACGUAUCGGCCGGCGCCUACCCUUUGCCUCUGCCAACAUUGUAGCUGGAGCCUCCUGCUUGAUCACUGCCUUCAUUCCUGACAGCAUGUUCUGGUUUAAGACGGUGGUGGCCUGCGUCGGUCGGCUGGGUAUCACCAUGGCCUUUGAGAUGGUGGUGUUUGUUAACACUGAGCUCUACCCAACAUUUGUCAGGAACCUGGGAGUGUCAGUUUGUUCGACUCUGUGUGAUGUUGGAGGCAUCGUAUCUCCAUUCCUGCUCUACAGACUGGCUGUCAUCUGGCAGGAGCUGCCACUCAUCAUAUUUGGAAUAGUCGCGCUUAUAGCUGGAGGUUUGGUGUUGUUGCUGCCUGAAACCAGAGGAGUUCCUCUCCCUGAGACCAUUGAUGAUAUUGAGUUUCCUAAUAGGAAAAAGCAGGAUGAAGUGGAGAACCAACAAAUGAACAAACCUGACCUGACAAACAAGGAAACAACAUCUUUGUGACUGUCUUUGUGUGCAUGCAUGUGUGUAGAUUUUCCUCACUGUGAUACAAUUCACUGCCCUCUACUAACAAGGAAGUAAGUUUUUUUAAAAUACAUUUUCUAUAAAGCAUGACUUACACAUGU